AUGAUAAAGAGACCGAUCGAAACUCACCGAAAAUACUUAGAUAAAUGUAUUCAUUGUAUCAGAUUUUGCGGAAUUUGGGAAUUCGAUUCAUCCGCAUCUAUCUAUCACAAAUUAAUGAAUUUAUUUGGCAAAAUAUUUAAUCCGACAAUUUUAAUUUUUCACUUUCUGACACUUUUCGCAGAUAUAGUGGUGAAUUAUAAUGAUUUAAUUAUUGUAGCUGAUGACGGAUGUUUUCUUGCUGGAUCAUUUACGGUCUGUUUUAAAGCUUACGAAUUUCAUCUCCUGAACAAUAUUUAUAUGAAAAUUAUAAAUGAUGUUCACAAUUCAGUGGACGUACUUCAAAAAUCAUGCGAUUUGGGAGUACUGACAAUUAUAAAACAGUACAUAUUUUUUGAAACUCUUGAUUUCUUUUUAUUGAUAUAUGUCGUAACUGUAUUGGGAGUAGGCCUAAUUGUACUCUUGCCAUUAACUAGAGGCGGGCUACCAGUGAGAGCGAUUUUUCCAUUCGACGUAACGAAACCAUUAAUGCAUAAAAUUGCAUUUUUUAUUCAAGCUUACAAUAUAUCAUUCGGUCUUGUAACUAUUGUGGCAUUGGAAUAUCUCAGUUGGGGACUGAUGAGAUGGACAAUUGUGCAACUCAAAGUAUUAUCAUCAAACUAUCAAAAUUGCAACAGUGAUAAAGUGCCUAUUGCGUCAUUUAAUGUCACGAAAAAUACUUACAACAAAAUUAAAAAUUUUAAUAUACUCAAAGUUGAUGACGAAGACACCGAAAUACAUAAUUUCAUAGUGUUUGAAGAAAAAGAACUGAAUAAUAUAAAUGAUUGCUUCAAUUGGCGAUUCAGAACUUGCAUAAGACAUCACCAAAGAUUGAUUAAAAUAAUUUAUGAUUUAAAUGAUAUUUUCACAAUUAGUCUUUUGAUACAACUUGGAGUCAGUACUUUUCUGAUGUGUUUAAAUGGCUAUCUUGCAUUUAUGUUUCCUCAUGACAAUCAAAGAUUGAUAAGAUCUGUAUUAUAUCUUGUAGCUGGAUUUGUUCAGUUAUUGUAUUGGUGUGGAUUUGGCAAUGAACUUAAGUUUCAGGCAAAUGAUUUAACGAUAAGUCAAUGGAUGUCUGGUUGGGAAGAUAAAUUCGACAGUGGUAUUAGAAAUCUUGUUACAACUGCAAUGAUUAGAACAAUGCAGCCAUUGGAAGUACGGGCCGGUGGUCUUUUUAUUUUAUCUAUGGAGACAUUUCUUUCAAUUUUAAAGACCUCGUACUCUGUAUUCGUAUUACUGACUACUGUUUCUGAUGACGAGUAG